AGAGCUGCGCUGACUCCCCGUGAGGCUGCCGGUCCCCUUCCCGCCAAAAGCCGAGGCAGAGGCGGGGCCGCCAGCCCGAGAGAGCUGCGCUGACUCCCCGUGAGGCUGCCGGUCCCCUUCCCGCCAAAAGCCGAGGCAGAGGCGGGGCCGCCAGCCCGAGAGCGCUGCGCUGACUCCCCGUGAGGCUGCCGGUCCGCUUCCCGCCAAAAGCCGAGGCAGAGGCGGGGCCGCCAGCCCCAGAGAGCUGCGCUGACUCCCCGUGAGGCUGCCGGUCCCCUGCCCGCCAAAAGCCGAGGCAGAGGCGGGGCCGCCAGCCCGAGAGAGCUGCGCUGCAGGCGUGCGGAGGCCGGUGCGAGGCGCAGCUGGGCUUGCUGCCGCCAUGCCAAGGCGGAAUCGCUCCUGCAACGCUUACUGCUGCUUCGUGCGCGACCAGCUGCCUGGACUGCGGGAGCGUGGUGUGCCCGUGAGCCGUGUGGUCGAUGCCAUCCCCUACUGCUCCGAGGCGUGGGCGUUGCUGAGCAAGGAGGAAAAGAUGAUGUACAAGGAGAAGGCUCAUAAGGAGAAUGAAAAGAGAAGCUCUCAGAAGACAGUGGCAGAGGCUCCUCCAGUUCCUGCCCAUCUGACCACAAAGAUGCCCAGUGUUCCUCCUCUUCUAGAUGCAUCUGAUCCUGCUGUCGUUGCAGAAGUCUUCUGCUUCCUGAACAUUUACAGCCAUGGCAAGCUGCCAUCCUACUGUGAACAGCGCUUCCUUCCCUGUGAGAUUGGGUGCGUCAAGUACUCCUUACGAGAUGGCAUAAUUGCUGAUUUCCAUCACUUCAUAGAUCCAGAAGUACCACCGUGUGGUUUUCGGUACCACUGCCAGACUGCCAGUGAUGCCACUCAUAAGAUCCCUCUAUCUGGAUUCCAGCUUCCAUGUGCUGGUUAUGCAGUUGUCUUACGGGAACUUCUUGAGUUUGUCCGUCCAGCCGGAGGAGUUCAGCCUCACGUUUACUGCAGGUAUGACAGCAGAUUCCGAGUUCGCUGGUGCCUCGAUCGAAUGGCUACUGUGACAGGCAUUGAGACCCAUCUGGAGCUUCUUGCUGUAGAAGACCUGGUAACAGAACUGUACCAGAAGAAGAACCAAAAGGAGCCAUCCAAGACUUGGAUGUGCAGAGAACUCGAUGGCUUCCUGUGGGAUUUCUGCAGUAAUACCAGGUGCAAGUGGCAUGAAGAGAAUGAGAUCUUCUACUGUGCUUUGGCAUCCUGUAAGAAAAUCGCUUACUACAUCAGCAGAUCUUUAGCUGCCGUCUAUGGAGUCUCACUGACAGCUGCUCACCUGCCUGAAGAUGCUGCUGAUGGUGAAAGCAGACAUACCAGGAUGGUGGUACUGGAUGCUGGACGUUUUCAGGGAGCGAAGGCUGAGUGUUCUGGCAGUGACAGAGACGUAGCUUCUCCAAGUCAGAAUCAAGAGCUCAGUCUUUCUAAGGGUGAUCCUCCACGUGGUGUGAAGAAUGUCCUUUAUGGAGCCAGUACCAUGCGAGGAAGAGGAAUUACUCGAUUGGUGAAAAGUGCCUCGGAUCUGUCCCAAGUCUUGUAACUGAAUUUCUUCUACAGGACAGCUGUAAAUUCUCUCUUUCCUUGUUUCCCUGGGAUAAGCAGCAAGCUGUGGUGGUGCUUGCAGUGAGAAUUGUAAAAGUCUGUGUACUGCAAAUAAAGCCAUUAACCUGAUGCAGCCCAUUUAGUGCUGCUCUUUGGCAUAUGUUGAGGGGGCUUCCCAGCAGCUGCUGGAUGGUAGAAAAUCCUUCAGUUUGGGAGCUGGCUGUUGCACAGUUGGGAACUUUUGUUUGGCUGCUUGAGAAAUAAAUUCUGCUUCAUAAGCACAAUGUG